AUGGCUGCGUUUCCGUACCAGCUUCAGCGAAGCCCGGAGUUUGAUAUGAGUGCUGCCGCUCACAUCUUCGAGCAACCUAUAAACUACAUCCAGUCUUCUUCAUACGCUCCGUCCAGCGCUUUUAUGGACUAUGCCACAUGGAGCCCUAAAGCAUGGAACUCGAUGUUCACAGGCCGAACUCCCAAUGACAACAUCUAUCCCGAUCCAGAGGCAAACCUAAACCAGUCUCAAUAUGCCUACAUGCUCCCCAGCCAAGGCAUAUCUUCAGACUUGGCUCAACCAAACUCGGCUCCCACAGCCGGCUCUGUCUCCUCACCCGAAACUACAGAGCCAGCGCGGACCCUCCCAACUCCCACAUCUCGCUGUCCCCAAGCUACAAGCUCAGCAAAUUUCUUACCAGACGGGACAUGGGCCCCAGCUCCAGACUACAAAAGCUCAUUCUGGACACGUCAAAACGGUCCAGAACGUCCAAUCCCAAGCCCAAGCCAACCCCAAGACCGAAGCAAAAACAAAUACGUCAACAUAAACCCCACACCAGAGAUCCUCUUUUCCUACCCCCUGCCCACAACAGCGGAAGAAAGAAGCUCAACGGCCGCUCCAAGCGGAAACGGGAACGGGAGCCCCGUCUACCCCGUCCUCGAGACUUUAGACUCCGAAUACCCACUCCCAACAAGACAGAUUCGCAGCUCUUCUCUCGACCAAAGUUCCGGUCAGCGGUUACUAGCUCUGACUGAGUGUUCGUCUGAUAUGUAUGGAUACAGCACUAGUGAGAAGAAGCGUGGGAGUGGUACGCUUGUUAGUGGGCUUUCGUACACUCGCGUGCCGCACCGGGAUACUGGUGCGUUGUUCAGCUUGGCUCCUGAUAUGCCUGAGUAUCACCGUUCUGUGGUCGAAAGUGUGCAUCGGCCUGUUGAGCCGUUGGGUAACCAGGGUUAUUAG